UCUUCUCUGCUCUACUCCCAAAACCUAUGCAUUUCAAUCUUCCAAAACCCCUAUGAUCACUCCCCCUGUCCAAUCACCAUGAAAUCCAUUGUUGUUCUACACCAUCUCCUCUUCUUCUUCCUCCUCUUCUCUCAUGUUUCUUCAUGGAAAAAAGAAGAAUUCAGAAACUGUAACCAAACCCCUUUCUGCAAAAGAGCUAGAUCCAGAAAACCCCAACACUGCAACCUCAUCGCCACCGAUGUAACAAUCAACGACGGAGAUCUUGUUGCAAAACUCAUAACCCCCAACAGAUUUGAACAAAACCCAGAUCAAAAUUCAACCGAUUUCCAACCAAACCCACUCAUUCUUUCGUUAUCCGUCUAUCAAGAUGGGAUCUUGCGGUUCAAGAUUGACGAAGAUCCGGUUUAUAACCCACCCAAGAAACGGUUUCAAGUUCCGGAUGUUGUUGUGCCUGAGUUUGAAAGCAAGAAACUGUGGUUACAGAGGUACACUAAAGGGGUAAUUGAUGGUGAUUCUGGUGAGUCUUUUUUUGUUUAUUUGUUUGAUGGGUAUGAAGCUGUUGUUAGAAGUGAUCCGUUUGAGGUUUUUGUUAGGGAACAGAGUAGUGGUAAGCGUGUAGUUUCGUUUAACACUCAUGGGUUGUUUGAUUUUGAGCAAUUGAGGGUUAAGAAAGAAGGGGAUGAGUGGGAAGAAAGGUUUAGAACUCACACGGACUCUCGACCUUUCGGUCCGCAGUCGAUUAGUUUCGAUGUGUCGUUUUACGGUGCUGAUUUCGUUUAUGGGAUCCCUGAACAUGCCACUAGUCUUGUUUUGAAACCGACGAAGGGGCCUGGGGUUGAAGAAUCUGAACCUUACAGAUUGUUUAAUUUGGAUGUGUUUGAGUAUUUACACAAAUCGCCAUUCGGGCUUUACGGUUCGAUACCCUUUAUGCUUUCGCACGGGAAGUCACACGGGACUUCAGGGUUUUUCUGGCUAAACGCUGCCGAAAUGCAGAUUGAUGUUCUUGGAACGGGUUGGGAUGCUGAGUCUUCGAUUGUGUUACCGUCUGAUCAAAAGAGGAUUGAUACGUUGUGGAUGAGUGAAGCUGGAAUUGUUGAUGCGUUCUUUUUCAUCGGGCCGAAGCCGAAAGACGUUGUUAAGCAGUAUGCUAGCGUGACGGGAACAUCGGCAAUGCCUCAGCUGUUUGCAACGGGUUAUCAUCAGUGUAGGUGGAAUUAUAGGGACGAAGAGGAUGUUAAGAACGUGGAUUCGAAGUUUGACGAACACGAUAUCCCUUAUGAUGUAUUGUGGCUCGAUAUCGAGCAUACGGAUGGCAAAAGGUACUUCACAUGGGACAGAGCUCUGUUCCCACAUCCCGAAGAAAUGCAAAAGGAUCUGUUUUCGAGGGGUAGGCGUAUGGUUACUAUAGUGGAUCCACAUAUAAAGAGAGAUGAUAACUAUCAUAUACAUAAGGAGGCUUCAAAGAACGGGUAUUAUGUGAAAGAUGCAAGCGGGAAGGAUUUCGAUGGUUGGUGUUGGCCUGGAUCCUCUUCGUAUAUAGAUAUGGUUAAUCCCGAGAUACGGUCGUGGUGGGCCGAUAAGUUUGCGUAUUCAGAGUACGUUGGUUCAACUCCAUCGUUGUAUAUUUGGAAUGACAUGAAUGAGCCUUCUGUAUUCAACGGGCCUGAGGUGACAAUGCCUCGAGAUGCAUUACAUUAUGGUAACGUUGAGCACCGAGAGUUGCAUAACGCGUAUGGUUACUACUUCCAUAUGGCAACAUCUGAAGGGCUUUUGAAACGGGAAGGAGGAAAAGAUAGGCCUUUUGUCUUAUCCAGAGCGUUUUUCCCGGGGACCCAAAGGUACGGGACUGUUUGGACUGGAGAUAACAUUGCAGAAUGGGAGCACCUCCGGGUUUCCGUUCCAAUGAUUUUGACACUUGGCCUCACCGGAAUAACCUUCUCAGGUGCUGAUGUUGGCGGGUUCUUUGGUAACCCCGACACAGAGUUGCUUGUUCGUUGGUAUCAAGUUGCGGCUUAUUUGCCCUUUUUCAGAGGCCAUGCUCAUCAUGAUACCAAAAGAAGAGAACCUUGGCUAUUCGGGGAACGUAAUACCGAGUUGAUGAGGGAUGCCAUACGCGUACGAUACACAUACCUUCCUUAUUUUUACACACUAUUUAGAGAAGCAAACGUGACAGGAGUUCCAGUUGCUCGUCCCCUUUGGAUGGAAUUUCCAUCCGAUGAAGCCACUUUCAAUAACGAUGAGGCUUUCAUGGUCGGAACCGGCCUUCUAGUGCAAGGAGUUUACACUCAGCGUGCAAGAGAUGCAACGGUUUAUCUUCCAAGUGAUCAUACUUGGUAUGACCUUAGAAGUGGAACCGCGUAUAAAGGUGGCAAGACCCAAAAGGUGGAGGUGACGGAUGCGGAUAUACCCGUUUUUCAAAGGUCCGGAACCAUAAUCCCUAGAAAAGAUCGGUUCCGUAGAAGCACCGUACAAAUGGAGAAUGAUCCUUACACGCUGGUGAUUGCUGUAGAUGGUUCGGGGUCAGCUGAAGGUGAACUUUACACAGAUGAUGGCAAGAGCUAUGAGUUCAAGGAGGGUGCAUACAUCCAUCGCCGAUUCAUAUUCUCAAACGGGAAGCUUACAUCUGUAAAUUUAGCCCCUUCGACAUCCAAGUUCGAGUCUGAUUGCACCAUCGAGAGGAUCAUAUUGCUAGGUCACACGACCAAAUCAAAAACUGCCCGUAUCGAGCCAUCCAACCAGGUUACUGAUAUUGAACUGGGUCCUCUACAGAUUCGGUCUGGGGUACGCUCGACGGUUUUGACCAUCCGCAAGCCUAACGUUCGUGUUUCGGAUGAUUGGACUAUAAAACUUUUGUAAGCUUUGGAGGGAAUGUAGUGGUGUAGUCACCGAUAGGCGUCGUCAACUGCUGUAGUAACGAUUAAAAAUGAGGAUUGUCAAAAUUAAAGAUCCUGUAAUAGCCAAGAAUUUCAUUUUUGUUCUUAUGAUUGCCCUUGAUUUAUUUACUUUUUGUCAUGGAUAUUUA